AUGUCCCUAAUCACAGAUGAGAUUAGAUCCUCUGCAACAGAGUUCUACACUGGAAAUGAUAUCUGCAAAGUAAAAUCCAAGUUUUUGCUGACAGAAGUUGGGUUGCCAAAUGGCCUUCUGCCACUGGAGGACAUAGAAGAAUGUGGGUAUGUGAAGGACACGGGAUUUGUUUGGCUAAAACAGAAGAAGAAGAUUGAGCACAAGUUUACGGAAAUUGGGAAGCUGGUGCAGUAUGCACCAGAAGUGACAGCCUUUGUUGAGCCAAACAAGAUCAAGAAACUGACAGGCGUCAAGACCAAGGAGCUACUGAUGUGGAUCACUCUCAAUGAAAUUUACGUGGACGAUCCGCCCACCGGAAAGAUCACAUUCAAGACCCCGACCGGGCUAUUCCGGACCUUUCCGGUGUCGGCUUUCGAGAUCAAGGAGGAGCAAAAGGAUGUGAAGGAGGGGAACGGAGUCAAUGCUGCUGCUGCAAAGGAAGUUAAAGAAACUGCUGCAGCUGUGGAAGUGAAAGAGGUGUAG